GCCUUGACCCCACUGCAAUUGAGAGCGAUGAAGAUCAACGGAAUGAAAUUAUCUCACAGAUACAUCCCUUAGCCCUUUGCCCAGAGGCACUCUCGGAAACUCCUGAGGCUGCUGCCACACAUAGACUGGAAACAGAAGACUCUGAAGAGUGCGACCUAUCAAAGUCACCUAUGCGAGUGCCAAACAAGGUGGCUGCAGAUCACCUGCCAUGUAGCCUAGAGACCUCAGCUCCUGCAGCAGAAGGAACAGAAAGAGAAACAGAACUGGGAAAGAGGCCGGUGCCUGAGGAGCAGAGCCGCAUGCUGAUGGUCCAACAGGUGUUGGAGGAAUUAAAACAAUACCAUGGGGCCAAGCAGAGAACUGCACAGUCAGCUGGGAAGCAGUCAUCUUCACAGAAUGUGACCUGGUACGAGUUCCUCUCCAAUGAACAGGAUGAGGAGGAAAAGGUGGACAAAGUGGAAAAGGGAACCAGAGUGAAACGACGGCUGAGCUCUCUGAAGAACAGGGUCACUGGCUCCUUCCAAAAGGAUAAGGGUAAGAAUCGUGAAAAAGAAGAGAAAGAGAAAACAAACACCAGCACUGAGCAUCAGCUGGCCCCAGGCACUUUCUCCAGCUGGGCCACAUGCACGCUCUGCGGCAAAGUACUGCAGAAAAAAAAUGGGCUGCAGUGUUUGAAUUGUGCUGUGAAUGUCCACAAGAACUGCCGAAGCCUGCUGGGUGAAUGUAGUGGCAAUAAAACUAAGCUCAAAGAUUGUCCUCUUAAGAGUCCUGUCUCUCAACAGUCACCUGCGCAUGUCUGCAGCCAAACUGCCGCAUCUUUGAAGGAGCAGCACCGCUGUGUCCUGCUUGCGCCGAAUGGCUCUCCUCGCAGCCAAGGUAUGACCAUCGUGCAGCGAGGGAGCAGCUCUCACCCUGUGCCGGUAACCUCUACUACCUGUACCACCACUACUGGGUCAUCAACAGGAGAAAUGGAUGAAGUGGACUUGCGAUAUAAAUUGUCCAAUGAGGACACAGUUUCACUGGCACCCUCAACUGUGGACUCCAUUGUUGUUGAAGAUGUGCAGUAUGCCUCCCUGAGAAGUGAGCUUGACCUGGAUUCUCAGGACUUGGAAGUUGAGACCUGGAGUAUGGCAGUGGAACAAGCAUACUUGAAACAAUACUCACAACAGGCAAUCAAACGACAGGAUGUUAUUUAUGAGCUGGCACAGACAGAGAUGCACCAUGUGCGUACUCUGAAGAUCAUGCUCCAUGUGUAUGCAAGGGAGAUGAAGGAGACUCUGCAGAUGGAUGAAGAAAAGGUGGACAAGAUUUUCCCUUGCCUGGAGAACUUACUGGACAUUCACAGGCAGUUCUUGGCCCGUCUCAAGGAGAAGCGAAGAGAUUGUCCGGAGGAGGGCAGUGAACGCAACUACUGUAUACCGCGAAUUGGUGACCUCCUGGUGUUGCAGUUUUCUGGUGAAGCAGGGAAUAGAAUGAAAGAAAGCUAUGGAGGUUUCUGCAGCCGCCACACAGAAGCCAUGGCCACCUUCAAGGAGCUGUUGCAGACCAACAAGAAGAUGAGUAGUCUUAUGAAGAAAAUUGGCAAUCUUGCCAUUGUGAAGCGUCUUGGGGUACCAGAGUGUAUUCUGCUGGUCACACAGCGCAUCACCAAGUACCCACCACUUGUGGAGCGAAUCCUGCAGAACACAGAAGGAGGGUCAGUGGAGCAUGAGGAACUGACCAGGGCUCUUGCACUCAUUAAAGACCUCCUGAUGCAGGUGGAUCUCAAGGUUAGCAUUUAUGAGAGGAGCCAAAAGCUAAAAGAGAUUGUUAGCAAGAUGGAGCCAAAGGCCUGUGCUAAGUUCAAGGAUGGCUGUAUAUUCCGCAAAGAGCAUAUGCGUCAGGGAGGUCGCCAGCUUUUGCAUCAAGGGUUUCUCAGUUGGAAAGCAGCAUCUGGUCGCCUCAAAGAAAUCCUGGCCGUGCUUUUAACAGAUGUGCUACUGCUGCUUCAGGAGAAGGACCAGAAGUAUGCUUUUGCUCCAGUGGACAACAAGCCACCUGUAAUAUCGCUGCAGAAGCUUAUAGUGCGCGAAGUGGCACAUGAAGAAAAAGGCAUGUUCUUGAUUUGUGCUUCCUCAAAAGAGCCCGAGAUGUAUGAGAUCCACACAAACUCCAAGGAGGAGCGCAAUGCUUGGAUCACUCUCAUUCGACAAGCUGUUGAGAGCUGUCCUGCAAAGGAUGAUGGACUUGGAAUAGACCCAGAGGAGGAACGACGGUCUACUGAGAUGCGGGCUGCCCGCCUUAGAGAAUUUCAAGAGCGGCUGAGUGAGAAAGAUCAUCAAAUAGCCCAGAACCUCAACGAGAAACUGCAGAUCUUCUGUGAGAUUUCUGAGAUGAUAAGUGGCGUGGAGGAGUCAAGCCCAGGUGUCCGCUUCCGACAGCUGCCAGGGGACUUCACUGAAGUGCAGGCUGAACAGCUGGUCAAAGAGGCCGUUGUCGAAGUUGAAAACCUGCAGAACUUGCUACUGUCCUAUGGGUUUGAGGUAGCCUGGCAAGCAGAAGGCAAUCAGACAACCUCAGGUCCUCCAAGGCGAGCUGAAACUUUCGGAGGAUAUGACAGUAGCCCCUCCAUUUUGAAUAAAAAUGGGAGCAUAAAAAAGAAAUCGCACACCCUGUCCUAUGGUGACAUCAAAGGGAGAGAACGUCGUACCCAGCAGACCGUGCAGGACUCACAGGGAGACAGCGAGGGCAUGGAGCCAGCAGCUGAGGACUUCUCCACAGGAAGCUUGCCUACGGCUUGUAGUACUGCUUUUCCUGACUCUGAGUUGGUAUUUCGUGUUCAGGCCCUCUCUAACCUACUAUAUACCCUUCAGGCCUUUGUGUCACAGCAGGACAGUGCUCUUGAGAUCCAGAAGGCUGCUGUGCUGGAGCGAGAGCGGCAGAGCCGCCUAAAGGGAGAUGUUCUGCUGGAGCAGGAGAAGCAACGCAAUUUUGAAAAGCAGCGGGAGGAAAUGGCUGCUUUGCAGAAGCUUCAGAACCAGCUGCAUCAGGAGCGCCAGCGCCUUCAUCGAGAACGUGAGCAGCAUCAAUGCCAGGCAGAGGCACAACAGGCCAUUCUGAGGGAGCGUGAGGAGGAAUGUAGCCAGCAUCAACGCCAGCUGCAGCAAGAACGUGAGGAGCUCAGACAGCAGUGGGAGCGCUACCAGCUAGACCUGGAGCGGCUGCGUGAAUCCACCAGGGCUGUGGAGAAGGAGAAGGAGAAGCUGGAACAGAUGAAGAAGAUGAAGAGCCAUAAGUUACCUAACCUUGAAGCAUCACCACAUCAUGGCCUGACUCACUCUUACAGCUUCAAUGGUGAAGGAGGGCAGAUCACCGAGGGUCCCAUCCAGCUGCCAGGAAAGCCACUUAACAGGAAUAGUACAAUUGGACCUGACUACAUGGAACGUCCAGACAUUCCAUCACGAAGGGACAGUAGUUCUGGUGACAGCAGACUUGGUCAAGUUCCAAAGCCUGAGGUUCCCAUCCACCUGGUCAGCACCACCAAUCAGCUUCUGAAACAAGCUGGUGUCCAGCAGCAGAUUCCAACCAAGCUGGCUGCCAUCUCCAAAGGGAAAGAGAAAGGUGGGAAGGGAAAAGGAUCCCAAAGAACAGAAAGCACAGCUUGUGCAGACAGCAAGCAGUUUCUGCCCCCCAGGCUCUCAGGAAAAGACGAUUCAUUUUUGCGGGGCAGGAGGUCGGUGAGCCCGACGCAGAGUGCACAGCCAGAAGCACAGACCGUUCAAGACAUUCCAGCAGAUAAUGCACCUCUCCAGCACAAGCCAAGCUCCUUACCCAUGCUGCCCACGUUGCCCCCUCCCCUGCCAUUUGCAGAUGAUACCGUCAAAGAGGAUGUCAUCUUCUUUUAGCACUGAGUGAGACGUGCCACUCUCUGAACACUGAAGCCCAAGGCCUAGGUGGCUGUCUGUAUUAACAAUGCUGCUAUGUCCGGCUGUGAGAAGAAGUGAGCAUAGUCAACGUGUGGGUGAAAGACACACACACCUACUGCAAUGUGUUGCCUGAAGAGAUUUCUUUAAGGGGACGGGGUCGGCUGUCCUGACAAGACUGGCACACAGCUGAGCACCUUAGGAAGAAGCAGGACUGCCCGACUCUUUUGGCACCUGUGCUGUGAAACACUAAGACUGCGCUGCCCCUUCCACCCCUUGGGUCUGCUUCAAGUGACAAUUCUUGUAUUGGCUAUUAUAAUGGGGUGUGAAGGUCAUUCCGUUGCACCAUAUUGGAAAACAAUCAUGAUUGUCCAGAAACCAUUAGUAACUCCAAACUGGGCACCAGCAGCAGGUGGAUAGGCUGGUAAUUCUAUGCGAUGACAGUGCCAGCAGGCAGACGUGGGGAAAGCUGGGAAGUCCUGCCACUAGAAUGCCUCAUUCCAGGUCCAGAGCAGGAGAAGUGUCUGCUCUGUGCCCCGGGUUCAUUUUUUUUGUUUUUCUUGUAUAUUUUUUGAAUCUAAAAGACUAAAAUGCACCCUGGCUGGAGAUGCCAUCUUGAUUUUUAGCAAUAAAUACAAAACCCCUCAAACAUAAA